UGCACCUCCGUAUCCACGCUUCGGUACCUCCUCCUCGUCCUCCUCCGUUCGAGAAACACUGAUCUUCGCCGGCGCUAAUGGGGACACUGGGGAAAGUAAUCUAUACUGUGGGAUUCUGGAUCAGAGAGACUGGCCAGGCGAUUGAUCGCCUUGGAUCCCGUCUUCAAGGCAACUACUACUUUAAGGAGCAGCUGUCAAGGCACCGUACACUCAUGAAUAUAUUUGACAAAGUUCCCAAUGUUGACAAGGAUGCUUUUGUGGCUCCAAGUGCAUCUGUUAUUGGUGAUGUACAAGUGGGACAAGGAUCCUCAAUUUGGUAUGGGUGUGUUUUGAGAGGUGAUGUGAACAGUAUAAGAGUUGGUUCUAGAACAAAUAUACAAGAUAACUCUCUUGUGCAUGUGGCAAAAUCUAAUUUAAGCGGAAAAGUUUUACCAACCAUCAUUGGGGAUAAUGUUACUGUAGGUCACAGUGCAGUCUUACAUGGAUGUACUGUUGAGGAUGAAGCCUUUGUUGGCAUGGGAGCAAUCUUACUGGAUGGUGUUAUUGUUGAAAAGAAUGGAAUGGUUGCUGCUGGAGCCCUUGUAAGGCAAAAUACCAGGAUCCCAGCUGGAGAGGUAUGGGGAGGUAAUCCGGCAAAAUUUCUGAGGAAGCUUACACAGGAAGAGAUUGCCUUCAUUACUGAAUCAGCCACCAACUACUCUAAUCUGGCUCAGGUGCAUGCCAUAGAGAAUGCAAAGACAUUUGAAGAGAUCGAGCUAGAGAAAGCAUUGCGAAAAAAGUUUGCUCGACGUGACGAGGAGUAUGAUUCAAUGCUUGGUGUCAUUCGUGAAGUCCCUCCUGAACUAAUUCUUCCCGACAAUGUCCUUCCUCGCAAAUCACCGAAACUCUCCCAAUGAGCAUUGUUAUGGUUUGUCUUAAUUUCUGCUCUUUGAAUAAUCAGUCACACUGCUUGAACUCUCACUUUGUUCUUGUUCAAGCUUUUGGAAAGUAAGAAAAAAUCCUACAAAUAGUUGAUAACAAUGUAGCAUCUAAUUUUUAUUAUUUAGUGGUUAACCAUACUUUCA